AUGUUGAACUUAAUAAAGUUUCGUAAGGAGCUUAUUUAAACUUUUGUAUUAAAAUUGGAUUAUUUAAGCGGCUCCUCGCAUCUAGUAAGAUUUCUUGGUAAGGAGAUUUUCUAAAAAGAAGUCCAGUAAAGUAAGAUUUUUAUAAUAGUAAAGAAAGAUUUCUGAGCAUCUAUAAUAUUGUUCAAUUCACUCACACUAAAUAUCUAGAACUUAAAAUUGAAAAACCUUUAUUCCUUCUAACAACAUAAUAUGAUAAUUUGCCUUUUCAGUUAUUGAGUGAUAAAAUUAGCUGA